AUGACUGGACAGCCGGUGUCCUGUAUUGAGACACCUGCCAAGAAGGCCUUAGAGGGGGACCAUAGCAAACAAGCAUUAGGUCCACCCUUCUCCACUCGCUGCUCGCACUGGACACAUACAGUUAAGCUCCUGCUGGUCUGGCUCCCUGAAGGGAGGAGGACUGAAGGCCUGGAGUACGACAGUCAGAGGUGUAGAGGAGGGGAAUUUAGGAAUAUACCCAGCUCGAGGACAGAGAUCCUUUUGCCAGACCGGAUGCAAAGUCCAGCAGAUGGUGAGGAUCCAACUUCAGCAGGACCCUGCCAUCCAAACCCUUGUCACAAUGGAGGCACCUGUGAAAUCAGCGAAACGUUCAGGGGUGACACGUUCAUUGGAUAUAUCUGCAAGUGCCCAUCAGGCUUCAACGGAAUCCACUGCCAACACAAUGUUAAUGAAUGCGAAAGAAGCCCCUGUAAAAAUGGAGGGAUCUGCACGGAUUUGGUUGCAAACUAUUCCUGUGAAUGCCCAGGGGAAUAUAUGGGAAGAAACUGCCAGUACAAAUGUUCCGGUCCGCUAGGCAUGGAGGGUGGAAUCAUCUCCAACCAGCAGAUAACGGCCUCCUCCACUCACCGAGCUCUCUUCGGCCUCCAGAAAUGGUACCCUUACUUUGCCCGGCUAAAUAAGAAGGGUCUUGUGAAUGCCUGGACCUCAGCCGAGAAUGACAGAUGGCCCUGGAUUCAGAUUAACCUACAGAGGAGGAUGCGCGUCACAGGAGUGAUAACCCAAGGAGCCAAGCGCAUCGGGAGCCCAGAAUAUGUUAAAUCGUACAAAGUGGCCUACAGCGAUGACGGAAAGACCUGGAGGACAUACAAAGUCAAGGGCACGGAUGAAGAUAUAAUCUUCCGUGGGAAUAUUGAUAACAACACUCCAUUUGCCAACUCCUUCACCCCUCCUAUUGAGGCUCAGUAUGUGAGGAUCUACCCACAGGUGUGCAGAAGACACUGCACUCUUCGCAUGGAGCUCCUGGGUUGUGAGCUCACUGGGUGUUCGGAGCCAAUGGGCAUGAAGUCUGGGCAUAUUCAGGACUUUCAAAUCACAGCCUCAAGCAUAUUCAGAACUCUUAACAUGGACAUGUUCACCUGGGAACCUGGGAAAGCAAGACUGGAUAAACAAGGCAAGGUCAAUGCCUGGACAUCUGGACACAGUGACCAGUCCCAGUGGCUGCAGGUUGACAUGCUUCGGCCAACAAAAAUAACAGGCGUUAUUACCCAGGGGGCGAAAGACUUUGGGCAUGUUCAGUUUGUCGGCUCCUACAAGCUGGCUUACAGCAAUAAUGGCGAGAGAUGGCUUAUAUAUCAAGAUGAAAAACAGAAGACAGACAAGGUCUUUCAAGGAAAUUUUGAUAAUGACACCCACAGAAAGAAUGUGUUAGAUCCUCCCAUCUACACCAGAUUCAUCCGAAUUCUUCCAUGGUCGUGGUAUGGAAGAAUCACUUUGCGUGCAGAAUUACUGGGAUGCACGGAGGAAGAGUGAAGACCCCUUUUCUCUGGCCCACAUUCGAUAUAAACUGUGCUUAAAAAUGUACAAUUUAAAUUGUUUUCAUCUGAAUUUUCAAUUUUUGUAAUAUUAUGAUUUGUUUUAUUUUAUUUUAUUUUACCCUACAGAGGUUGGGUUCAGUCAUCUAUUAUGUCCUGCUUGUUUUUCCUUUUUAUGGUCUGUUACUCUUUUUUUAAAGACCUAAAUGGAGGUUAAAAAUUCACUGUGGUUUAUGCAGCUGAACAAUAGCCACUGUACAGUGUCACUUUAAAUCAGAAAGAAAAAAACAACAACAAUUUGACAUGCAAUGCUUAUUGGGCCAUAAUCAAACACAUGACAAAAAAAGACUAACAUUAACAUACUGUAUAAAAUAUCUUUCUACUUUCAUUUUAACAGCAGGCCUGUCUGAAGUUAUAUCUCCACUGACACUGAUGUUGUGUAGACAAUAAAUAUGAUGGUAUUGUAUUAUAUGUAAAAUGCAAACUAACUGCAUGAUUCAAAAGUGAAUAGAAGUAUAAGACAACAAGAUGUAUAAGUUCAAAUUAAACCAUUUCGCAAAUCUUUUUUUUUUUUUUUCAAUCAUUUCACAUUUUUAUGAUCAGUUUUCUCAUACUUCUCUAAAGACACUGUUACAUGCCCCAUAACAUAAUGACAUCCCAUAAUGAAAGCAACACUACAGUACUGGAAGCACCUAUUACAGACUAAUCUUAACUAAUUUGAAGGUAAAGGUACAUUUACCUAAAGGUUAUGUAGGCAGUCUGUAACAACAACAGGAUAUUUGUUUUAAGAAAAUAAUGUCCUUGGGAAAUUCAUAAUUUAGAGGUAUUUUAAUGUAUGCAAUUUAAUUUACAUUUACUGUUUAAUUUACAGACGUCUCAGUUUUUUCAGUCUGUUUACCUGUUAACUACCUGUACUACUGUCUUUUUAUUUAAUUUUCUUGAUUGUAAAAACCUCAGGAUAGAUGUCACCUUUUUUUAGUACUUGCAAUGUUAUAAUUAAAACUUUGGAGUGCUUGUUAGAAAAUGUGAAGGAAUAUUAACAUACAAAAAAAUGUGUUGUACUGACUGCACUAAGUGGGGUUCCUUCAUUUUUUUUGGCAUAUAAUAAAAUCAUCAAUAAAUAA